GGUAUGGAAAUCCAUCUCCUAGACUUCCUAGGUUUCGUUUGCUCUGCGCCUGCGCAAGCCUCGCCAAUUUGACCUUGACGAAGCUCCGUGACCUCUUGUCCUUCAAUACCAAGUUCUCUAUUCAUUCAUCACCAUGCCUGUCCCAAAGGUUGGAAUCAAUGGAUUUGGCCGUAUUGGCCGUCUGGUGUUUCGUUCAGCUCUCGAGUCUGGAGCCGUGGAAGUUGUAGCUGUCAACGAUCCUUUCAUCGAUCUCGAUUACAUGGUUUACAUGUUCCAAUAUGACUCAACUCACGGAAAGUUUGGCGAGACUGUGUCCAUUGAGAACAAAGAGAAGAAACUCUUGAGGGUGGGAAAAGCCGUGGUGAAGGUGUAUGGAGAGAGGGACCCCUCCAACAUCCCCUGGAGUGAGAUGGGAGCAGAAUAUGUCGUGGAAUCAACUGGUGUUUUCACUACAAAAGACAAUGCUGCAAAACAUACGAAAGGUGGUGCGAAGAAAGUCAUCAUUUCUGCCCCAUCUGCAGACGCUGAGAUGUUUGUGAUGGGUGUCAAUCACACAUUAUACGACCCAGCCAAACAUGAUGUCGUGAGCAAUGCCUCAUGCACCACCAACUGUCUUGCACCUCUGGCUAAAGUGAUCAACGACAAAUAUGGCAUUGAGGAGGGGCUCAUGACCACAGUCCACGCUUUCACUGCAACCCAGAAGUGUGUUGAUGCCCCAAGUGGUAAGAGCUGGCGAGAUGGCCGUGGGGCUUUCCAGAAUAUCAUCCCAGCAUCAACUGGUGCUGCUAAAGCUGUUGGCAAGGUCAUUCCAGAGCUGAAUGGCAAACUUACGGGUAUGGCCUUCCGCGUCCCAACUCCAGAUGUCUCUGUUGUUGACUUGACAUGCAGGCUAAAAAAGGGUGCCUCAUACGAAGCAAUCAAGGCCGAGGUGAAGCGUGCCUCUGAGAACGAAAUGAAGGGAUACCUGGGUUACACUGAGGAUAAGGUGGUCUCCAUGGACUUCCGAGGUGAUGUUCGCAGCAGCAUCUUUGACGCAGGUGCUGGUAUUGCAUUGAAUGAGAACUUUGUCAAGCUUGUGUCAUGGUAUGACAAUGAAGUUGGCUACAGUCAGCGUGUAUGUGAUCUGAUUGCGUACAUGGCUAGCAAGAAAUAAGGAGCGUCAUGGUGUAACUAUGAUAACCAGUGUAAAUAUGGUCACGGAGUUGUCGUUGGGACUGUUUCAAUUCUCUUGGCUGCUUGUCGAGAUUCAGUUUUGAACAAGGAUGCAUUUUAUUACCCUGUAGAAUUUGAAGAAGCUUCUUUGAGGACUGCUACAGAUCAUUUUCAUAAAGUCCAUAACCUUGACAGGCCUUACAGAUAAAACAUCUGAAGAAUUGCUCAUUAUGUUUAUGUACAUUCAUGGUCAUUUUAAGAUAUUUCUCUCCAGCAUAUACAUGUAGAGCAAAAGUUUGAUUAAAGAUACACUAAGUGAUCAGUAAAGUGUUAUUAGUUCCUCCCCAAAAAACUUGCUUCAACUUCUAACAGGGUUAAUUGAUGUCUUGUCAAAGAUGGAUUAGUUUACCCUAGGCUUAAAUAAAUUACAUAGUCAAAACUUAAGGUAUUUUCCAGUCAUAUAGUAGUAUACCGGUACCCUCACAGGCCUCUUCACUCAGUUAGUCAGUAAAUUCCAUGUGUUCUAAUAAUCUAUAGUAAUUGAUAGUCAUAUUAGUCGCAUUGUACUUCAAGUUUGUCCAUAGGACUUGGAACAUUUUUACACACAACUCGCUGUAUCAAUAUGCUGUCAGUUUGGACAAACUUGGCUAUAGAACAAUAGUAUGAUGAGAUGUAGUGUUUUAAACAUUGGAAUUGUUGUCAUCGGUGGUUGUAUAGAUAUCCUAAACUAUUGAAACAUUGGAGAUUAUCUCAAUUUAUUAAGUUAUUGCACUAAUUACCAGUAGUUUGGUUUUGGGUUUCGAGCAUUCUGUCGAACUGGUACAUGGUACUUUAGGCUACUCAAAUUUGCCUUAUUCGAGAUUUUUGUAGAUAUUCUGAAACAUAAUUUUUUCACGGGAACAAUGAAGGACCAGGCUAUGUGACUUACCCAAGGACGCAACUGUAUGUACUCAGUCCAUAAUUUACAGAUUUGACUUUGUCAUGUUUCUAUUCGACUUGCAUCUUUAAAUGAGACAUUCAUGUUUCAUUUUCUGUUUUGAUUCCAUUGUGCUUAAUUUGCUCUCUUACUGUUUACCAGUUUGCUCUUGAAAUUGAAUGGUUUGAAAAAUAAUUUGUGCUAACUAACCAUGUGCUAGAUAACGGAUUUAACUUUGCGUACAACAUUGAUAGAAAACUGUCUGCUUGUCUGAACAAAUUACUUCUGCAUUUAGCAAGUUUUAUUUGUGGUUUAAUCUGAGAGUUAGCGUCACCAGCUAGCAUUAUGUUUUAGUUGAAUUUCCCAGUUUCUUUUACAAUCUCCAGCUGUCUAGAUUUCAAAAAUCAUGAAAUAAAUAUUGAUAUAUUUA